AUGUCCACUUUCGGCUCUACAGACAAUCUUGAGUCCGUCUGUCCUGUUUUUGCCUUUGUUGUCUGCUUGGUGCUGAGACCAAAGUUACAGAGGCACAAUCAUCCAGUGAGUGUCUUCCUGGAAGGCGCUCAAGCAGAAGACACUUCCUUGCCUCUUCUUCAAGUUAAAGUAGUUAUCUUCUCAAAUGACAGUUCACUGAGUUGCUGGACCCAUGGCCAGAACCCCAUGUCCCUCUGCCGGCCCAAGCCUGCAGUAACUUCCUUUCAGACAAUAGGCACAGGCAAUCAUCUUCGUAAGAGUCACGUAGCGACGAGUCCCCGAAAACGGUUGCUUCGGUUGCCUCUUAUGACGGCCAGCACUAUCCUCUGGAUAGAACUUGUCGUCAAGAUAUGUAGGCCUCAGAAUGUCGGUGAAUUUUACAAUAUUUACGACUCGGUACCGAACUUCGCUAAAGUUACAGUCCCCUCCAGCUGGGAUGAGAUGGACGCCGACCGAAUUCUUAUUACUCAGCUUACUUCCACUUCCACUUUGAGUGAAAGUGUUUGGUUAAGAGAUUCGAAGCUCGGUUCCACCAGAAAACGACGGCGCAUUCCUCUUGACCAGCUGUCGAUUGGCUUUACUGGAACAUUCAUGCUGACCCUGUUUCCAUGGAAACCUCCUUCGAUUCUGUCGUCUUUUUCCACCCCCGAGUUGGGGGGACAACAUGACCUGAAACGGGACAGACGAAUUGUUAGGCCAAGGGCUGCCUGUACCUGCUCAGAGGCGGCUAGGACGACGCAAAGGACUGUACCUCGGCGCAUCCGAAACUGCGUUUUUCGUAGAGGAAAGAUCCUCUUCUUUGACUGCUAA